GUCCCCCACCAGCAAGCAAGGCAACCCCCACAACUUUCCUCACGCGCAGAGCGACGCCCGCCGGCUACCUGCCCCCGCCCCUGCCGUCGAAUCCAAUCGAAGCGCAGCAGACCGAGGAACGCCGCCGGUUACCUGCCCUGCCCCCGCUAUCAGCUGGUCAGACGCUAUGCGUUUCUUCUAGCACUCACACCCUUGGAUGGAUGAUGUUUAUGGAAGAAUAGAGGUCUUCCCACACCACUUCUCGCCACGGACAGAACCCAUGGAUGCUGCCGCUGACGGCCUGUCCACGAGUACGAGCAACAUGAAUCCUUCCCCAAGUCCUUCCCGCAGACGUUCUUGGACCCCGAAACGAGUCAUGGGAGCCGCAUCGCUUCUGCAGCUGCUGUCGAUCCCUCGCCUUAGGUGGUCUUCCAGCAACGAGGACGACGACAAGAUCGAACUGACCAGAGCUGAGGUAGAGUCAUUACGGAGCGAAAUAGCUGAUGCCGAUGAGAGGGAGUCCCAGUUAAAAGCUCGGUUGGAAAACAUCGACGAGGUCUUGAGAUACGCUCGUCUCUGCGGGUACCUUUAUAUCAGAAGUAGAUGGAGUCAGCUUCCAGGGGAGCCACCCAUCAUAGAUGACGCGGAGGUGGAUGACUGGCUCCCUCGCUUCGUCGUCCUGCAGGGGCAGUGCAUAUACUACUACCUCAAGUCUACAGACCUGAGCCCUCUGGAGUCCACCAUGCUGCGUGACGUGGUGGACGUAGGAGAGCUUCCAAACUUUGUGCCGGAGGACGGGAAGACCCGGCACGCGUUCUACAUACUGACCCGGGCGGGCCUGAGGUUCGAGUGCUCGAGCAACUGCGAGAUACAGGUGGAUUCGUGGGUGCGAGCAGUAAGGAGUGGCUGCACAUUGCGGAGCGACGCCGAUGAGGAGCUUAAGAGCAAGACUAGCGGAUCAUGGGGGAGGGGCAAAGGGGUAAAUAAGCAACAGGUGCGCCAACCACCGCUCGACUCGAGGGCGAGGCGCAUCAGAUUCAGAUCAGAUCUGAAGCAAAGCAACCAACCAACCAAGCGAUUCAAUUCUUUGCUUGCCACUCGCUCGCUCGCUGCCUUUAAACGAACCCCCAUCUCGCUCUCGCUCUCGCUCUCGCCCGGCCCUCCACCUCUCGCAGCCAUGAGCUCUUCCAAGAUGUACCAGUCCGCCUGCAAGGCCGCCAGGUCCCUCCUCGCCUCCUCCUCCUCCGCCGCCCGCUCCUCCGUCCUCGCUGAUGGGAGGAACGCCGCGCUCGCCACGCUCACCAACAUCGGCAGGACCAGGCUCCCCGCCGCCUACUCCUACCACACCAAGGCCUCCGGCGCCGCCAACGCCGCCCACCGGUACGGGUGGAUCGCCGGCAUACCCGCCGCUGCCUACAUGCUCCAGGAUCAGGAGGUGCAUGCGGCCGAGCUGGAGCGCACCUUCAUCGCCAUCAAGCCCGACGGCGUCCAGAGAGGACUCAUUUCUGAGAUAGUGUCCCGAUUUGAGAGGAAAGGAUUCAAGCUUGUUGCCAUCAAGCUGGUGGUUCCAUCCAAGGAAUUCGCCGAGAAGCACUACCAUGAUCUCAAGGAAAGACCUUUCUUCAGUGGAUUGUGUGACUUCCUUAGCUCUGGCCCUGUACUUGCCAUGGUUUGGGAAGGAGAGGGUGUUAUCAAGUACGGCCGGAAACUGAUUGGUGCCACGGACCCACAGAAGUCUGAGCCAGGAACCAUCAGGGGAGAUCUCGCUGUUGUUGUUGGAAGAAACAUUAUUCAUGGGAGCGACGGCCCAGAGACAGCCAAGGAUGAGAUCGCGCUCUGGUUUACGCCCAAGGAGCUGGUCUCUUACACCAGCAACGAGGAGAAGUGGGUUUAUGGCGUGAACUAAUGAGUGAAUCAACCGUGUUCGGAAGAACAAACAGAAGUCCACUCCCUUUCCAUAAUCGCCAUCUAGACCAUGGCUGAGUGUAAUAACGCUGGCUGCGACCGCUGAGCUUUUGUCCCUUGUGCUCGAUGCAGUAAGUCCUGAUGAAAAGGAAUUGUACUUACCUUGGAAUGUAGAUCGUGCAUUGAGCAAUCGUGAUGUUUACAUCGAACUAUCGUUUUCAGCCACUUGAUCUGGAAGGAUGUCCUUUAUUUUUGAUCUA